AUGCUCCAGCGCUCUCGCAGCGGCUUGUCCUUUGUGGACCCCGACGCCGGCCUCGAGAGUCUUUCAGAAAUCGUGUCAGGCGUCCUAGACGACCCAUGUGCGAGCCAAGUGCAGCUCACACGAAGACAAAAGCUUCGAGAGUUCUUGGUGAAGCACGGGUUCUCAGAUGUGGCGGAACCCCGCCUGCCUGCUGGCUGCAGCUUCUUCUCCGAGGAGAGCGUCUACCCAAUCCAUGUAGCAGCUCGCCUCUGUGACGACAAGAUCAUCCGCGCAUUGCUGGCUGAAGGUGCAGACCCAAUGCAGCGGACCUCCCGCGGUCGGACAGCCGAGGACUUCGCCCAAAAGGGUCGCGGUGACAGCACCGAGGUCGUGGCGCUUCUGCGGAGCCACGCCGGGAGUAAAUCUCCGACCUGGGUGAAGAGACAGAUGUAG